CCUCCGGAGAGAGCGCAGCCAGGACAUACCUACCUAGGUCCUCCCCGACGCGUCCCCUCACCACCCCACACACCCAACCCAAAAACAAAGGUCAAAGAAAAAGAAUUACCAGCAAAAAUGACAACCGACCACCACCGCAAAAUCGAACUCCAAUCCGCCGCCGACUUCACCUACCUCUACGCCAACACGGUCGCGCUCUCACGCCAAAAACUCGAUUUGCAUCUUCCUCCCUCCACGAACCCCAACGAUGGGCCGGAUCCAAUGCGCGAACGUGUUCGCGAACUAGUCGAUGAGUACAUAAACCGCACCUUCACCUCCGCCUCCUCCUCCAUCAGCAUCAACGGACUCGAUUCCACAUCACCCGAAUUCCCCUUCCCGGGUGCUUUCACCGCCCCCACAGAGCAAGUCGAGUAUGAGGCGUAUGACGGGAAACUGGCGGCAAGAGUGACAUCGUUAUAUGCGCAGUUGGAGUCGUUGACGACGACGGUGGCGCAGUUGAGGCGGGAUGCGCCGGGGCGGGCGGCGAAGGCGUAUGCGGAGCAGUUGAGGCGGGCGAUUCAGGAGGAUGAGAAUGAGGAGGAGGAGGUUGAGGAAGGGCAGGGAGAAGGAGAGGUUCAGGAGGAGGGGUUGAAGGAGGAGAGUCGGCAGAGUGCGGAGGGUGAAGAAAAUCGGGAUACGGAGAUGCCUGAUGUGGAUGCGAACGCAAAUGCGAAUGCGAAUUCAAGGAAGAUGGAGACGACGCGGAGAAGGCCGAUGACGAGGUCGCGCGCGAAGUUGGAGGUUCCGCUUGGGACGGAGCAUGAGGCGGAGCGGUGGCGGAGUGGGGAGAUAGCAGAGGUCUAUGAGGAUGCGUUGCGGACGUUGUUGCGGCUUCAAGGCGAGCUGGAUGCUAGUGCCGAAGGGCCGGACGGGAAUGCCCUUGCUUCGACGCUGGGGAAGGCCGAGCGAGCUGGUCGGGCUGUCGAUGUGGUGGAGAAGAGGAAGAAGAAAUAAGCAUCUCCUGGGUUUACAUUUACAUCUGGCUUUUCUUUACUGGUAUGGGUUGGCGUCUGCAGUGGAGGUUUGGGAUGAUACCAUUGAUUUACGGUGGCUUUACAAUAAUGAAAGAACGGCAUAUCAGGG